CAGCGGCACAGUUUGCUUGGACAAAAUGCGAUUCUCAUGCGUUCUGUUUCUCAUUGCCAUCUCCAUGGCGUUGGCAGUGAGUGUUACCAUUAAGACCGUGGUAUUCCCCAGUGAGACAAAUGUAGAUUAUGUUGAGAUGACCCCUGUUAGACCUCUGAACUUGAAGGCGUUCACUCUGUGCAUGCGUGUUGCCACAGAGCUCCCUAGCGAGCGUGAGAUCAUCCUCUUUGCCUAUCGGACUCCAGAGGCUGAUGAGCUGAAUUUGUGGCGUUUAAAAGAUGGCAGUGUGGGCUUGUACCUGAGUACAUCAGCAGAUUCAGAGAGUGUUAAUUUCCACGUCCCUCAUCUUGGUGCCCUUGAGACCCACCUGUGUGUCACCUGGGAUUCCAGUACAGGUGCUACUGACCUCUUCAUGAAUGGGAGGAAAAGCCUGACUAAAAUUUAUAAGCCAGGUCACACAAUGCGUCCCAAGGGCAAGGUUGUCAUCGGACAAGAUUUUGACUCUUAUGCCGGUUAUUUGGAUGCCAAACAGAGUUUUGUCGGGGAGAUGAGUGAUGUCAACAUGUGGGACUCUGUCCUGUGUGACACCACCAUCAAAGGCAUGUCCUCUGGGAUGAGAGUGCCAAGAGGAAAUGUUUUGGACUGGGAAGGUCCAGAGCUUAAACGUCAUGGGGGGGCAAAGGUUCUUAAUCGUGAACUGUAGUUUAAUGGUUACAUAUGCUGGAUAAUAAUAGGCAGUGUCAUAAUGUAAAGCAUAUAAAGCUUUGGAAGUCAAUAUAGCCAAAUUAAACCUGUAUGAAAUAACAGAAGAUUAUUUGAUGAUUGAAGUGGAUGUCUGUGCACUCAUAUCAGUGUCACUGAUGAUAAUUUCUAACCACAUAAUUGUUUUCAAUCUAAUAAAAACUUGCAUGCUGACAAUGGCUGUUGUGGUGUAAUAUAUUUCAUGAUAAUGUCAAACUAAGACUGCAUCAGUGUGCACACUAUUCCAGUUAUU